AUGUAAAAGGAGGACGACAUGGAACUCGAGUUUAAAUUGAUGGAAUUGAAUGAUGUUGAGGAGACUGAAUUUGACAAAUUUAUGUUGAAUAGACCACUGAUAGAAAAACAUUUUGAGGAAUUAAAUUUUAAACAUUUUGAUAUUACAUAAAAUGAAGAGACCAAGUAGUGGCAACUUACAAUCACAUUAGAACAGUGAGUUAAAAUCUAAUUCUUAAUUAGGUUUUCAAAUAAAUUCUUAGCAUUAUGCACAACUACAAUUAACUUUUUAAGGAAGCGAAUCGAUUGUAAAUCAUUUAUUGCCAAACCAGAUGGCCAGCUCAUUUAAGUCAAAGAGAAAGUAAGCUUCUUUCUUCUCUUUUUAGUAUUUGCAGAGACUAUUGGCAAGAUAUUUUUGUAGAAUAAAUAAUUCAUUACGAUUCGGGUGUUUUUGUAUAGAGAAUGAGACAGGACAGAUAUAGUUGAAAUUGAAUUCAGUGAUGAUUUCAGAACAUUGGACAGAACUGAUAUGUCUCCAUCCUAUGUAGUCUGAUGGCUAAAAUCAAGGCUCGUUAUCAAGCUUAUUAAAAGUGCUGCAUUUCACAUCCCAUUAUGCAAUUGGAUAUCAUAUCUAUAGACUCAUGCAUUUAAUUAAUAAAUUAUCUUAUAAAGUCUUUCCUUUUUUAGAGCAAAAGUUACAAGAUCAAUAUCGUAAGAUCCCCCCAUAAUUUGAUAUUUACUUGUAGAGGAUUAAUGAAAUAAUAUAGAAGUAAGAAAAGACUUUAAUUUAGUAAAUGCACCACCCCAAUAACAGAGGAUGAAACCAGAUAGUUUUAAUAGCAUUUUAAUUAUCCCAAAUAGACCAAUUCAUCUUUUAAGAUUAUGAAUUUCAUUAAAUUUUCUAAUCCCGAUCAGGUAGACAAUGGGGACGGUUACGAAUUAAUUGGAGAGGGAGGGUUUUCGAUUGUAAAAAAGGGGUAAUUGGCCUUCACUUUGGCUUCGAAUUCAGGAGCUGGAAAAUCGGAACUAGAGGACAUUUCAGCAUAAACAAAAGGAAAUCAAGCUUCAAACAUUAAAGAGAAUAAUUAGACCAAAGUGGAAGUCGAAGAACACUCAGUAAGAUAAAUUCAGUAUGUGCCCAAUAAAGAGCAAGAAGAUGUACAGGCUUUCAUAAAGAGAACUAUAGUGAUAAAAAAGGAUAAGGACAGGGAGAAGGACAAAUAGAAUGAGAAAGCAGAUAAGAAGCAGCCAAGUAGGAUUAUUUUGGAAAAGAAAAUACUGUAAAAAUUUAACUUAUAUUCUAGUGAUAUACUGUCUUAACCCUUGUAUGAUAACCAGAGGAGACUGAUAUUUAAUGGAUAUUGCCCCUAUAUUGCCCAAUUCUAUAAAGCAGAUACAAUCGAUAAGAACAAUAUGCCAUUAUUUAAUGAACAUUUAUUCAUGGAGUUCUAUUAGCAUACUUCAUUGGACAAUUUUAGAUCGAAGUUCUAGACGACUUAGAGUUUGAACACCAGACUGUAUAUUCUAUUCUAGAUUGCACAUGCACUCAGGUAUUUGUCCUAUUAUGGAGUGAUUCACAAUGAUCUAAAGCCUGGCAAUAUAUUGGUAUUCAUUAUUUAUAUUGGAGAUUGCAAAACAUUACAAUGCCAAAUUGACAGAUUUCGGAGAGGCCAUGUACAAGAAGGGAGAUCAGGUGAUAAUAUAAGGAGGAGAUGGAAGAACCCUCCCUUUUGCAGCUCCGGAGUCUCUGUCUGAAGAGUCGAACAACUCAUAAGUAAAUUAGCCUAAAAUUGAUCAUAAGUCUGAUAUUUUCUCCUUCGGCAUAUUGAUGUAUGAGUUCCUGUUUGAAUAAUACCCAAUAGUAAUAAAUUAUUCAUAUGUUUAAGGAUUUCAAAAAAAGCAAUCUCGCUAAUCUUCAAGAAAGAUAUAAAAACAAAACUUAUUAAAUAAGAUCCAAUAUUGAUUUCAUAAAAACCUUUGGACCAAAGCAUCUAAUGAAAUGUCUCAGAAAUCUAGCAAUUAAAUGUCUUCAUCAUGAACCCUAAAACAGACCCAAUAUCGAGUGGAUAAUCAUAUGUCUUAAAGAAGGAUUGAUGUAUCUAGAAAAGAUGUAUUGAAUGUUAG